AUGCCGGUCCGGAGGGGCCACGUCGCGCCGCAGAAUACCUUCCUGGACACCAUCAUUCGCAAGUUUGAGGGCCAGAGCCGAAAGUUCAUCAUUGCUAAUGCCCGGGUGGAAAACUGUGCUGUCAUCUACUGCAAUGAUGGCUUCUGUGAGCUGUGUGGCUAUUCUCGCGCAGAGGUGAUGCAGCGCCCCUGCACCUGUGACUUCCUGCAUGGCCCCAGAACCCAGCGCCGGGCUGCUGCCCAGAUUGCUCAGGCUCUGCUGGGGGCCGAGGAGCGAAAAGUGGAGAUUGCUUUCUACCGGAAGGAUGGCAGCUGCUUCCUGUGCCUGGUGGACGUAGUUCCUGUGAAGAACGAGGAUGGGGCUGUCAUCAUGUUCAUCCUCAACUUUGAAGUGGUGAUGGAGACAGAGCUGGCGGGGUCCCUGGCCUGUGACACCAACCACCGUGGCCCUCCCACCAGCUGGCUGGCCCCAGGUCGUGGCCGGACCUUUCGACUGAAGCUUCCGGCACUUCUAGCCCUGACGGCUCGGGAACCAUCCCUCCGGCCUGGUGGUCCCAGGGCUCCAGGGGCAGUGGUGGUGGAUGUGGACCUGACUCCAGCCCCUCCUAGCAGCGAGUCUCUAGCCCUCGAUGAGGUGACAUCUUCACUAGAUAACCAUGUGUCAGGGCCUCCUGGCCUGGCUGAGGAGCGUCGUGCUCUGGUGGGGCCUGGCUCCCCCAGUAGUGUACCUCUUACCCACUCCUCACCUCAGACCCAGAACCUCAACCCUGAUGCCUCAGGCUCCAGUUGCAGUCUGGCCCGGACCCGCUCUCGUGAGAGCUGUGCCAGCGUCCGACGAGCAUCUUCUGCCGAUGACAUUGAGGCCAUGAGGGCAGGCACGAUGCCCCCACCCCCCCGCCACGCCAGCACUGGGGCCAUGCACCCCCUACGCAGCAGUCUCCUGAACUCCACCUCAGACUCGGACCUCGUCCGUUACCGCACCAUCAGCAAGAUUCCUCAGAUCACCCUGAACUUCGUGGACUUGAAGGGUGAUCCUUUCCUGGCCUCACCUGCUAGUGACCGCGAGAUCAUUGCCCCAAAGAUCAAGGAAAGGACCCAUAACGUCACUGAAAAAGUCACCCAGGUCCUGUCCCUGGGUGCAGAUGUGUUACCUGAGUACAAGCUGCAGGCACCGAGGAUUCACCGCUGGACUAUUUUGCACUACAGUCCUUUCAAGGCUGUGUGGGACUGGCUCAUCCUCCUGCUGGUCAUCUACACUGCCGUCUUCACACCCUACUCAGCGGCCUUCCUGCUGAGUGAGGAGGCCCCGCCGGCCCCUGACUGUGGCUAUGCUUGUCAGCCCUUGGCGGUGGUGGACCUCAUUGUGGAUAUCAUGUUCAUUGUGGACAUCCUCAUCAACUUCCGAACCACCUAUGUCAACGCCAACGAGGAGGUGGUCAGCCACCCUGGCCGAAUCGCCGUCCACUAUUUCAAGGGCUGGUUCCUCAUCGACAUGGUGGCAGCCAUCCCCUUUGACCUACUCAUCUUUGGCUCCGGCUCUGAGGAGCUGAUCGGGCUGCUGAAGACAGCACGACUGCUGCGGCUGGUGCGAGUGGCAAGGAAGCUGGACCGCUAUUCAGAGUAUGGGGCUGCUGUACUCUUCCUGCUCAUGUGCACCUUCGCCCUCAUCGCACACUGGCUGGCCUGCAUCUGGUAUGCCAUCGGCAACAUGGAACAGCCAUUCAUGGACUCCCGCAUUGGCUGGCUACACAACCUGGGCGACCAGAUCGGCAAGCCUUAUAAUGGCAGUGGCUCAGGGGGUCCUUCCAUCAAGGACAAGUAUGUCACUGCCCUCUACUUCACCUUCAGCAGUCUAACCAGUGUGGGUUUUGGCAAUGUCUCCCCCAACACCAAUUCUGAGAAGAUCUUCUCCAUAUGCGUCAUGCUAAUUGGCUCUCUGAUGUAUGCCAGCAUCUUUGGCAAUGUGUCAGCCAUCAUACAACGACUAUACUCAGGCACUGCCCGAUACCACACCCAGAUGCUUCGAGUGCGUGAGUUCAUCCGCUUUCACCAGAUCCCCAACCCCCUACGACAGCGCCUGGAGGAGUACUUCCAACAUGCAUGGUCCUAUACCAAUGGCAUUGACAUGAAUGCGGUGCUGAAAGGCUUCCCUGAGUGUCUCCAGGCCGACAUCUGCCUGCACCUGAAUCGUUCCUUGCUACAGCACUGCAAACCCUUCCGAGGGGCCACCAAGGGCUGCCUGCGGGCACUGGCCAUGAAAUUCAAGACCACUCAUGCGCCCCCUGGGGACACACUCGUACAUGCCGGGGACCUGCUCACUGCUCUCUACUUCAUUUCUCGAGGCUCCAUCGAAAUCCUACGUGGUGACGUGGUUGUGGCCAUCCUGGGGAAGAAUGACAUCUUUGGUGAGCCUCUAAACCUGUAUGCACGGCCAGGCAAGUCUAACGGUGAUGUCCGGGCUCUCACUUACUGUGAUCUGCACAAGAUCCAGCGUGACGACCUUCUUGAGGUACUGGACAUGUACCCUGAGUUCUCUGACCACUUUUGGUCCAGCUUGGAGAUCACCUUCAACCUGCGUGAUACCAAUAUGAUCCCUGGUUCCCCGGGCAGCACUGAACUAGAUGGUGGCUUCAACCGGCUGCGCAGACGCAAGUUGUCCUUCCGCCGCCGAACAGACAAGGAUGCAGAGCAGUCAGGAGAGGGGUCAGUGGUAGGUGUGGGCCGAGAAGGCACAGGAGCUGGCAGCCGAACGCGGUCAGGGGGCCCAUGGGACGAGAGCCCUUCCAGUGGCCCCUCCACCCCAGAGAGCAGUGAGGAAGAUGAGACCCCAGGCCCUGGUUCCAGCCCACUCCGUCUGGUGCCCUUCCCCAGUCCCCAGCCUUCCAGGGACCUGCUGGGUGGGGAACCUGUGGCUGAAGAGGCUGAGAAAGGCAGUGACACCUGUAAUCCCUUGUCAGGUGCCUUCUCAGGGGUAUCCAACAUCUUUAGUUUCUGGGGGGACAGUCGGAGUCGCCAAUACCAGGAACUGCCAAGAUGUCCAACCCCAACCCCUACCACUGGGCUCCUCAACAUACCACUGGCCAGCCCUGGCCGCCGGCCCCGAGGCGAUGUGGACAGCAGGCUCGAUGCCCUACAGAGACAGCUCAACAGGCUGGAGACCCGCCUCAGCACUGACAUGGCGGCUGUCCUGCAGCUGCUACAGAGACAGAUGACGCUGGUGCCCCCAGCCUACAGCACCGUGACUCCCCCUGCACCUGGUCUCUCUUCCGACUCCCCCUUGUUGCCUGUCAGUCCCAUCCCCACUCUCACCCUUGACUCGCUUUCUCAGGUUUCCCAGUUCCUGGCGUGUGAGGAGCUCCCUCCAGGGGCUUCAGAGCUCCCCCACGACGGCCCUGCCCGACGCCUCUCCCUGCCCGGGCAGCUGGGGGCCCUGACCUCCCAGCCCCUGCACAGACAUGGCUCAGAUCCGGGCAGUUAGUGGGCCAGCUAGGUGGACAUGUGGCUCAGCCCAGGCCCCUGUGGCCCUCUCCCCUAUACAGUCUUCACUCCCCUGGGGAGGAGACUGGGGAAUGUUCAGAAUGGGGGGAGUUGAGGGGAGCAAUGGGGUCAAGUUUCUUUCCCUCAAUGCUCGGGGUAUUUUCCUCCCACCAGGUUCCCCUUGCCCCACCUCCCCCCCCCC